AUGGCGAUUCGUCCGAUCGCCCGAACUUUUUUGGCCACUUUGGCGAGAGUCCAGUCUCAGGUUGCCACGGUAGUGGAGCUCACGGCGAAGCGAGAUCGGUAUCAGCAUCGAAACCAGCCAUCUGUCACAACAACUACGAAGGGUAUCUUCAGUAGACGAAAUUCCUCGCCAUCCCAUUUGUCUUUCUUUGUGGAAGCUGUCACAUCGGAGGUUGAUCACAUCGACGUGGACGCAGGACGUGAAACGUGCAGCGUGACGAAAGGCCGGCUCCUGCUGCCCACCUCCACCUCCUUGCCCCUUCUUCAUUCUGAUCCUGCGGAGGAGCCCAAUGACUGUGAUCGUGACAAGAUGGCGGACGAAACGACUUCGCUCAUGGAACUGCUAAUUGAGGUUGACCACGACAUGGCCAUAUUUGAGUUCGCCCUCGUCUCCUCCAUCUCACGUAGGCUGCGCACGGAAGCGGAGGCUGACUCUGUGCAGGAGGUGGCAGUGCUCUUCUCGGAGACGCUGGAGUGGGCACUUUCCGUCGGUCUGAUCGAUGCCCGCCAGCUGUCGGAGCGCGAUCCUCUUCUCUUUUUUGCUUUGCCUCGUCUCGCCGUUCUUGUGGGAUGCCUUCUCUUGCCCAACUCACCCAUCGGACCCAAUCGUCUCAAUGCCGGUGGUCGUGCACCCUUCAUGUUUGCUGAAUCGACCCGGGACUUGACCUACCUCUCGCGUCAAUUGGCCGUGCUCCGCGCCGACCAGUUGUGGCGUUUAGCCUGCUGGACGUCACCAUUCGGUCUUUCUGACGCGGAGGCCCGCUGUGUUGAUGCUGCCACCGCUACUGUCACUGGAGGUGGAGAAGGAGUAGUGAAAAGCUCUACCACGCAGCCUCCCAGCCUGGUGUUUGGGUGGAACACCUACGGCCUCCAUUGCAUUUACAAGUGCAUUGCGCGCGUGGCUGGGAAUCUGUCGGCUAAUCAUCCCUCGGAGUACAGAGAUAUACUGCAGUUUGCUGUAGAGCUCCAUGACCCCUCCUCAACCACACGGCAGAAUGAAACGCCAGAUUUGGAGCAGCAGCUCGAUUUACAGCCAAUUUGCCCACUAGACGGCGAAGCAGCAAUUGGAUGCCUACGCGAUGGCUGCAUUCACAAUGUCCGUCUGGCCGAUCUCUUCGACUGGCAUAGCGUUGUCGCUAGCAAGGCGUCCAAGCGCCCCUUCGCGGAUCUCUUUCAUCGGCGCAUCGACGACAAGGCUAAUCGGACGGCGGUUGAGUUGCACUCUUCAGACAGUCCCCUUGAGGUCGGAAUUGAUGUGGUGACUACCUUGAAUAGCGAAGAGGAGCGGGAGGGCUCCAAAAAGCAAACCAUCGACAAAAACAUUACUCCUGCCCCACCUCCUUCCGAGUCUUCUGCUGGAACUGAAACCACUUCCCGAUCCCUUCUUCUCGCCUUCCUCCGAUCAACACCGAUCGAAGACACCGUCCCCGCGGACCCACCGAAUCCUCUCUACCCCUUGGCGCCAUGGCAACCAGAUCACUUCGUGGGCGUAGGCUACGUUGAUGACACGGACGAGAACGACGAUUCAGACGUCAUGGAGGACACUCCAGAGGAUGCAGAGAGCUACGAAGUGCGCCGGUGGCGGAGUGGAGCUGCUCGAGUUGGCCGAGAGUGCGCUCGGUGCAAGGCGCGUUUCCUCACUCUUCUGCGUCGACGCCACCACUGCCGACGCUGUGGCCACAUUUUCUGUGCAGCCUGUUGCAGCGAGAAGGCCCCCGUGGCUGCCCUACUCUCUGCCGAGGGUUGUCAAAAACCUCCAUGUAGUGGUGGUGUGAUGAUGGUACGAGUGUGUGUGGAGUGCGCGGAAUUCGUGCGGUCAGGGCUGGCUGAAGCGCUGGAUCAGGCUGUCAUUUCGUUCUGA